AAAUUUAAGCUGGUUCCAAUAACUUAGCAUUCUAUUUAUUAGCUAAGAAUAUGAGGUUACAGCUUCUUUAUGGCUUGUUAUAUGUAGGUUUUUUGAGGAAUCAAGUGAAGAGGAACGGGACCAUGCUGAGAAGUUCAUGAAGUAUCAGAAAAAACGAGGUGGGAAAGUGAAGCUGCAAUCAAUUCUGAUGCCACUGUCUGAGUUUGACCAUGAUGAGAAGGGAGAUGCAUUGUAUGCAAUGGAGCUUGCACUGUCUUUGGAGAAGUUGACAAAUGAAAAACUUCUGAACUUGCACGCUGUAGCAAGCCAGAACAAUGAUGCGCAGUUGACUGAUUUUGUCGAAAGUGAAUUUUUAACUGAGCAGGUGGAAGCCAUUAAGAAGAUGUCAGAAUACGUUGCUCAGUUGCUGUUUUUUGUGAUAGAGGAUCACAUUCAUUUAAGUCCGUAUCUUUCUUAUAUCAGUGGAGCAUUAGCGGGAUGUGCAGCAACGGUUGGAUCAUAUCCAUUUGAUCUUCUACGAACCAGUUUAGCUUCGUAGGUGGGCAGUCGUCAU